GCCAGCUCAUUGGUGUAGACUGUCAUAAGAGGAUCGUGACAGUGUAAUUUGUUUCAUACGAGUUUCAAUCACGAGGAGAACAAGUUGUAUCAAAUCACCCCUGGAGCUAGAUCUUGGAAUUUCAUCGGUGGUCUGCAAUAUGCUCGUACGACAAAGUGUUAGGAGAGCCAGUUGUGGAAUUGCCAGUGUUACAAGAGGAAAACUACUAGAAAUGCCGUGCCCUUUCUUAACUCGUCUAUCUGCAAAUUACGUGCGCAAUUACGGUGCAUCUCUUCUAAUGAAUUACCGUCAACAUUGUCCUGUGAUGUCACGAGCAUCGAGCACCCUCACCGAACCCGCUGAGCCUCCAGCUGAGGUCUCAGCCCCAGUCAAACAAUGUCCCUUCCUCUCAAAAGAAAAAGACGCCAUAAAGGAAGCAAGUUCAGCCGUCGAGGAAGAUGUUAUCGACUUGGGUCAUCAGCCAAAACCAGCGGUUUUUCCUUACGAGGAAUUUUUCAGCGGGCAAAUUAAGAAGAAGAAAGAGGAUCACUCAUACCGUGUCUUCAAAAAGGUCAAUCGCCUGGCCCAAGAGUUUCCUGCUGCCAUGGAGUAUUCCUACGGCGAGAAACCCAUAACCGUCUGGUGUUCCAAUGACUAUUUAGGUAUGUCACGUCAUCCAGAGGUGACUACAGCUGCUCGUGAGGCGUUGGAGAAGUUUGGGGCUGGUGCUGGUGGUACACGAAACAUAUCUGGCAACUCUAUGGGUCAUGAGAUGCUCGAGCAACGUUUGGCUGCUUUACAUCAGAAAGAAGCUGGCCUACUCUUCACUUCUUGCUUUGUCGCCAAUGAUUCUACUUUGUUUACUUUAGCUAAGAAGUUACCUGGAUGCCAUAUAUUUUCCGACGCUGGCAAUCAUGCCUCCAUGAUCCAGGGAAUACGUAACAGCGGAGUUCCCAAGCACAUAUUCCGUCACAACGAUGUGAGACAUCUUGAAGAAUUAUUGGCAAGCGUUGAUCGCUCACUGCCAAAAAUUGUUGCAUUUGAAACUGUUCAUUCCAUGGAUGGUAGUAUUUGUCCUCUGGACGAGAUGUGUGAGAUUGCACGAAAGUAUGGAGCCCUGACGUUCGUUGAUGAGGUCCAUGCUGUUGGACUUUAUGGGCACUGUGGAGCUGGAAUUGGAGAACGAGACUGGGUGUUAGAUAAAAUGGAUAUCAUAUCUGGUACUCUUGGAAAGGCUUUUGGCAAUGUCGGAGGGUAUAUUGUAGGAUCGAAACGUUUGAUUGAUGUCGUCAGGAGCUAUGCUGCUGGCUUUAUUUUCACUACUUCGUUACCGCCUACUACACUUUAUGGAGCACUGAGAGCUGUGGAGAUUCUUGCUUCCGAUGAGGGUCGUCGACUGAGGACUAAACACCAGGAGAAUGUUGGAUACAUGAAGUCCAUACUUACUGCUGCUGGUCUUCCACUUGAAGAGUCACCGUCGCAUAUCAUACCUAUCAAGAUUGGUGAUCCUCUUCUAUGCACACAAAUAGCAGACGCUUUAAUACGCAACAAAGGGCAUUAUGUCCAGGCGAUAAAUUAUCCAACAGUACCUAAAGGGGAUGAAAAAUUGCGUUUAGCCCCAACACCGCGUCACACUCAAGACAUGAUGGAUAAAUUUGUUCAGGACACAUUGGAUGUUUUCCACGAUCUCAAUAUUCCAAAAGCCAAAAUCGAAGAUAUACCACGUACAAUACUUGUUCAUUAAUUCAAAAUCUAAUUGUACAAAAGAUGAAUGAGGUUCUCUAGCGAAGCGGUAAAUCCAUUGAAAUUAAUUUUUUCCGAAAAUGAGUAUUCAUUUUACUCGACUCGUGAGACUAUCAUGCAUUUUUCAUAGAGGCGAUUUGCGACUUGAAAUAUAUUCAAUUACUUUUUUAAUGUCAUAUAACGGAUCAAACUCGAUUAUCUGAUAAUUUAAAUCCAUUUUUACAACAUCUAUGGCUGAUGAGCUACGAAAGUGAAACAAAAGACAAUAUUCGAUGUAAUUUCUCUUUAGUUAGAUAAUCGUCUCGCCGAUAAAAUGUACGAGAAAUGUUUUAAUUUUUCGACUUGAAUGGGUCUACUGCUCUGCUACUGAAUGUCAAGGAAUAUCCACAUUUAUGUUUAAAUGGAGAAAUACUUAUUGAAAAUCCUCGUUGUAUAAUUAAUGAGUCUAUACAUACUUUUGAGAAGUAUGAAAAAUACACUUGCUCUAUGUGCAAAGGUUGAGAAGAGAAAUAAAAUAAUGUUUUAUUUGAUUGAAUUAAAA